UUACAGUACGUGUAUAGCGUAUUAAAAACUCCAUGACGAGUCACAUGUAGCACACGGCAACUACGCACUUCACAAGCACAAAGCAAAUUCACACUUCACAAGCAUGACACACUCCAUUUCAGUUUCCAUAAUGGCUGUAGGUGUUAGUUUUGUUUUUGCCUAUGCUGCUAGUAUGGUUACUACAACCACAUUAGUGGCAGCAUCUGAAUCUUCAGCACUUGUUCUGGAAGCAAAAGCUCUACUUGAGAGUGGGUGGUGGAGUGACCAUACUUACGACACUUCAAGUCGUUGCCGGUCGGGGUGGCUCGGUAUAACUUGUGAUAAAGCUGGAAGCGUCAUAGAGAUUGACCUUGCAGAAAAGUUCCAGGUGGGAGAUAAGUUCAGUCAAUUCAACUUCUCUUGCUUCCCAAAUUUGGGAAGUCUUAGUCUUGCUGGAACUGGACUAGGGGGCUGCAUCCCGCAAGAGAUAGGUGCUCUUUCAAAACUCAAGCACCUUAACUUGUCUAGGAAUUCUCUUACAGGUGAGCUACCUCUUUCUCUUGCAACUCUUACCCAAUUAGAAAAGCUUGACAUUUCUUCCAAUAAACUCAGUGGUCUCAUUCCCCAAGAAUUGGGGAAUUUGAAUAACCUUCUAGGACUACACCUCAAUUCAAACAACCUUAAUGGUACCAUUCCUUCAAAUAUAGGAAAGCUAAAGAAGCUGGUUUCUUUGGACCUAGCAUAUAACACGCUCACUGGUCUAAUCCCUUACACAUUGGGUUACUUAACCAGUUUGACCCAUUUGUCUCUUGGUUCCAACCAUAUCAACGGGUCCAUUCCUCCCCAAAUAGCCAAACUAAGAAAACUCAGUCACUUGAGCCUCGAAAAUAAUGAACUUAUUGGCCUAAUCCCUGUAGCUGUGGGUGAUUUAUCUUAUUUAAAAACUCUGUCCAUUAGUUCGAACAAACUCGAAGGUUCCAUCCCCCAAGAGAUAGCGAUGUUGACCAAAUUGUCUUCCUUGGAUCUCAGUGUCAAUCAUCUCAGUGGACCAAUUCCUUCAUCCUUGGGUGCUUUAACCAAUUUGAAAUCUCUCUCCAUUCAUUCAAACCAAAUAAAUGGUGUUAUAUAUAGUCAAAUUGGAUUAAAUAACCUUUUGGAGGAACUUGACCUAUCAAGCAACAACAUAUCUGGCAUUAUACCGUAUGAGCUUACUCUACUAACGCACCUGAAAAAGCUCAAACUUUCUUCAAACAAACUUUCUGGCAAGAUACCUCUUGGUAUAGAAAAACUUGACUCUCUUUCUGCUCUAGACCUGUCCCAAAAUGAGCUGAUCGGUCCCAUCCCAACUCAACUUUCGGAUAUGUUGGAGGAGUUGUUAUUGAGCCACAACAACUUAAAUGGAAGCAUUCCCUUUCAAAUUGGUAACCUUAGCUUGCUAACCACUUUAGACCUUAGUCAUAACCAUAUAAGUGGAGAGAUCCCUUCAUAUCUUGGAAAUUUGACAAACUUAUUGACCCUGGAUCUCAGCCACAAUAAUCUCACUGGCAACAUUCCCUUUUCUCUCAUUACCAAGCCAAAAAUAAAUUUGUCUUACAAUUUGUUGAAUGGUACAAUCCCAGAAACUUUAGCGAAGUAUCUUCCACCAGAGUCAUUAAUGGGGAAUAAGGAUAUACACUUUGCCAAUACAGAUUGCCCUCUUUGCAUUCCGUCUUCCCCACCUGUUGGCUCCAUGAACAAUGGAAAAAGCAAGAAAGUCAUGGAACCCAAAACAAUUCCUCUUCCCAUCGUAACUUUCCUUGUCUUCUUAUUAGUUGGAAGUUUGUUAUUCUCUCUAUGUAAGUUUGAGAAUAAGCAAUCUGAGACAAGAGAGAAGAAGAAUAAGCAAUCCGAGGCAAGAGAGAAACAGAAUGGCGACAUAUUCUGCUUUUGGAAUUAUGAUGGAAAAAUUGCAUACGAAGACAUCAUUGAAGCAACAGAAGACUUUGACAUCAAAUACUGUAUUGGAACAGGUGGUUAUGGUAGUGUUUACAAAGCACAAUUGCCCAAUGGCAAAGUGGUUGCCUUAAAGAAACUUCAUUGUUUUGAGGCUAAGAAUCCAGCUUUUGACAAGAGUUUCAAGAAUGAGGUGAAAACGCUGACAGAAAUUCGACAUAAGAACAUUGUCAAACUUCAUGGGUUUUGUUUACACAGGCAAUGCAUGUUUUUGAUUUAUGAAUACAUGAAAAGGGGAAGCCUAUUUUGUGUCCUAAACAACGAUCUUGCAGCUGUGCAAUUGGAUUGGACUAUGAGGGUGAACGUCAUUAAAAGCAUAGCGCAUGCUUUAUCUUACUUGCAUAAUGAUUGCACCCCAGCAAUUGUACAUCGAGACAUAACGACCAACAAUGUGCUACUGAACUCAAAGUGGGAGGCUUUUGUCUCAGACUUUGGCUCAGCUAGAUUCCUUGAUCCUGCCUCCUCAAAUCAAACUAUAGUUGCUGGAACUUAUGGAUAUGUUGCCCCAGAGCUUGCCUAUACUAUGGUUGUGACUGAAAGAUGCGAUGUAUAUAGUUUUGGAGUGGUAGCACUAGAAACAUUAAUUGGGAGGUAUCCAAGAGAGAUGUUGCCAUCAUUGUUGUCACUAUCUUCUCAAAAAACAAUGCUAUAUGAAGUGUUAGACCAACGCCUUCCACCUCCGGAUCAAGUGGUUGCCCAUGAUAUUGUUCUCAUUGCAGCAAUUGCAUUUGCAUGCCUACACACCAAACCAAAGUCUCGGCCAACAAUGAAAUGUGUGUCUCAAGAAUUUCUUGUCCAACAGCCACCACCAACCAAGCCAUUAGAAGGAAUCUCACUAAGACAGCUAUGGAAUCAAGAAAUCUACAUGGUUUGUCAGAUGGAAACUAAACCAUGAAUUUUUGUUUUCUGGGUGAGUAUCAUAUUUGUCAAAAGACAGAUAAAAUGGUACUAUGGAAAAAAAACUAAUAUUGCACUGAAAUUAAUUUUCCUUUCUAAUUGCAUCA